AAUAUGGCCGCACGGUAUCGGCUGUCCGCAGCGACGCGACUGUGAGAGAGAGUGUGUGAGUGGGCUAUCCCGCUAUCCACGGGGGGUUGCCCACCGAGGCAGGUCCAGGGAAAUAUGUCGGACUACCUGAGGUCCGCGCUCGGGUACCUGAACGGCGGCACCGGCGGCAACGAUUACGUCGGCCAGACGUUGGACAUCAACAAUGUGAAGCUGCGGGUGACGCGACUGAUCGCCGAGGGUGGAUGGGCAUUGGUGUUUGCGGUAGAAGAUGUUGCUACGGGAAAAGAAUACGCACUUAAGAGACUUAUCGCCGCCGAUGAAGAUGCAAACAAAGCCAUUAUACAAGAGAUAGAAACAUUGAAGAGACUGUCGAAUCACCCAAAUAUUAUUCAGUUCUUAUAUGCUCAACGACUAGAGCGAGAGGAGCGUAAAGGAUACGAGUACCUGGUCGUCACCGAGCUAUGUCCCGGCGGUACGGUAGCGGAUAUACUCAGGAGCGUGUCCGUGAAUACGCUGACUCUCGCCCAGGUGUGCAAGAUAGCCUAUCAAGCGGUACGUGCGGUGCAUCACAUGCACAGCCAGCAGCCGGAACCCUUCGUUCACCGGGACAUCAAGCUGGAGAACUUUUUGAUCGGUAGAGACGGCCUCGUGAAACUUUGUGACUUCGGUAGCGCCUCGACUCAGCAGAUACUACCCGAUCCGUCAUGGAAUGCUCAAAAACGUGCCACUCUGGAGGAUCAAAUGGCCAAGUACACAACCCCCAUGUAUCGCGCCCCGGAAAUGAUGGAUACGUGGAACAAUGACCCUAUAGGGCCUCCGGUGGACUGUUGGGCUUUAGGGUGUAUAUUAUAUUCUUUAGUUACAUUGCGGCAUCCUUUUCCCGAAGGCAACAAAUUGGCAAUUGUGAACGGCAAGUAUUCACCGUUACCGCCUAAUCCACGGUACGCAUGUCUGCACGAUCUGGUGAAGGGAUGUCUGCAAGUCUCGCCCAUACAGAGGCUGACGACAGCGCAGCUCUUGGAACGUUUGGCGGCAAUCGCCGAAUCGAACGACUUCGAUCCCAGAGAACCGGCGCGGAUCGAAAUCACGAUCAAGCCGUCGCCACCCCCGCGUCCAACGCCACCACCACCACCGUCGGACACGCCAGCCCCAGUUCCUCGUUCCACCACGCCGGCAACGAUGCCGCCGCCAAGACCGGCGCCCGUGCAGACGGUAGUGUCCAAGGUCCCGGCGACUCAGAGCACAACUGGCCUAUUCAACUCGCUGAGAGGCGGCGCCGGAAGCAUUCUACGCAACUUGAAAGACACUUCCAGCAAGGUGAUGCAUACCGUUCAACAGAGUAUGGCCAGGACGGAACUGGACGCGAGUUAUCUGACGUCGCGCAUACUCGUUAUGCCGUAUCCGGCCGACGGGAUCGAAUCUGCCUAUCGGGCUAAUCACGUGGAGGACGUGAGAGCGUUCCUCCACGCCAGGCAUCCGCCGCCCGCCAAGAUUCAACUAUACAAUCUGUCCCGCGGCCGGCCGAGCGUCACGCGACUCCCCGGCAGGCACAUUGAUUGUUCAUUUGCCUACGCCACUCCGGAAUCGAACGCACCAAUGCUAUUUGCUCUGUACCAGAUCUGUCAAGAUAUCUAUCAGUAUUUGAACGCUGACUUUAAUCACGUGGUGGUGCUAUAUUGUAAUGACGGGUAUCGAGCGAGCGCCACAGUGGCAUGCACUCUAUUGAUCUACAGCAGAGCCCUGACCACUGUCGAGGAGGCGAUCGCUCUGUUCACGACGAGACGCUGUCAGCCGCCACAUCUACAACCCUCGGAAUUGCGCAGUAUUAAUUACAUGAGUAUGCUCAGUGGCGGUCGGCCUCCGCACACGAAGCCGUUGGUCCUCCGUUCUAUUGUCGUACAACCGGUGCCGUUGUUCACCAGAGCGAAAGACGGUUGCCGGCCGUACAUAGAGAUCUACAGUAACGGCGCGCUGGUCUUCACGACGAAGAAGGCCAACUACGAGGAAAUGAAGCUGUUUGGAAUUAUGGAGGGCAAGGUCUGUCUGAUUCUGGGAGACGCGGCCGUGCGCGGUGACGUCACUCUAGUGAUAAACCACGCCAGGCAGCAGCUCGGCCGUGUUAUUGGCAUUAAAAUCGCUUCCCUGCACUUCCAUACUGGCUACGUGCCCAUCACCGAGAGCGCCUUGACGUUCGAAAAACGCGACUUGGACGAUGCUCCCGAGAUUGGCGGCAAGUUCCGCGUUGUGCUGAAUGUCAUGAUAGGUGAGGAAAAUUCGAAAUUGUCGAGGGUGCCGUCGCCGUGGGAAGCGGAAACGUGUGUCAAGCCCGUGCCGGGUCCGCUGUUUGGUUCAACGCUGGAAAUGGAGGAAACUCUGGAGAACUUUAGGACAUCUCCUCAUGAGGAAGAGACUCAGAAAGUACCGUUGAAUGAAACCGACAAGAUUUCACAACACGAAGCAGUACCUCAACAGCCGGAACAGCCGAAAGAGGAAGAGCCAAGCAAGAUCGAAGAGAACAGCUUUCAGGAGGCUGAUUUGUUGAACCUCGGCAUGCCGGACAAUACCAAUAAUACCUCAAAUACUCCCGCCGCCGCGGCGGCAAAUCCAGGAUUAGAUAUAUUUUCUAGUUCUAGUCAGAACGAAAGCGAUCUCUUGGGCGGUUUCGGCGUGUCGGCGCCGCAGACCGAGGCCGCCAAUUCGAUACCCUUAAUUAACAAUAACGCCCCGACUGACUUACUGUUCGGACACGACAGUUCUGCGACGAGGAGCAACAUCACACCCAGCAACAGCAAUCUGAACAUGAAUGAUCUGUUUUUCGGACAGAGUCAGACAACGUCGAGCAACGUCAAGGAAGUCAACGAUCUGCUGUUCGAUCCGCUGGGCGGAAACGCCUCGAGCAAUCUUCUCGGCAACAGCACGAACCCGAAUACCGCGAAGUGUCCAAAUUCCGAGGAAAAUUUCCCGCGAAAUGCCAGCGUGCCGAACUUCGCCGCUCAAGCUAACAAGGAUCCAUUUGCCAAUUUGGCCGGAUCAUUGGGCGCCGGUCUUGCAGGUAGCUGGAACGGCACGCCGAGGAACUCGAAUACCCCGCAGUCGGCGAGUCCGGCGCCUGCAAGUACGCCGAUCCAUUCCAGCCCGAACGCAAUGCACAAAUCCAACGCGGCGACAAACGAGGCUAAUGGCGCGGGUAGCGGCACCUCGGACGCGUUUGGCGGUAAACCGAAGGAGAAGAGCGGCGAUGCGUUCGAGGAUCUGCUUGGUAGCCAGGGAUACAACUUCUUCAGCUCGCGCAAAGCGGACAAGGACAGCCCGAAGACAAUAAAUCAGAUGCGAAAGGUGGAAGCGGCCAAGUCGAUGGAUCCCGAUAGGAUGAAAAUUGCUGAGUGGACGGAGGGUAAGAAAGGAAAUUUGCGGGCUCUGCUUUGCUCGUUACACACGGUCCUAUGGCCGGAGGCUGAGAGGUGGCAGCGUUGCGAAAUGCAUCAAUUGGUCACGGCUGCGGACGUCAAGAAGGCUUACAGAAAAGCUUGCUUAGCUGUACAUCCGGAUAAGCAAGCGGGCACAGCAAAUGAGAAUAUAGCAAAGUUGAUUUUCAUGGAGCUGAACAAUGCGUGGAGCACGUUCGAGAAUGAUGCGUCGCAGCAAAAUCUAUUUAGCUAAUUUUAAUGAUCGUUAUCCGUUAUCGAGAACCUGUCUCUGUAAUUAAUUUAGUUCCUAGCGGAAAGGGGAGCUAAGGGUGGGGCGGAGAUCUCGUUAUCUGUGGGAUAACUGCAUCCAUGUAACUACAUUCCGACUAUGUUAUUUUAGCUGUAGAGAGAAAGACAGGGUGCGAAAGAGAGAAAGAGAGAGAGAGAGAGAGAGAGAGAGAGAGAGAAAGAUAGAGAGCGCAUGAGAGAGAAAGUAAAGUCUUCGGAGGCGGCAGCGAGUUCCGCGAAGCAGUGCUUCGGGACGCGUCUCCUUAUUGUUUCAACGCCUUGUAAACCUAGUUAAAAUGCCCUCAAUUAUGGCAGUGCGACGUAACGUAUAUGUAUAUAACGCAAAUGUACAUUAAAAAGAAGAUCCCAAAUAUACGAAGCUAUUUUCGGCCGAAAAGAA